UUUUUUUUUCUUUCUAUUCCUCCACAAACACUUUCCUUUACAAAUAGAGAGGCUAAAGAACUUAAGAAGAGAAACACACUCCUCUCCAAAAAGACCGUAGUUACAAUUUCUUGAGAUUAGCAAAAAUCAUGGCAGAAGCAUCUAGUUUGGUGGGGAAGCUUGAGACAGAAGUGGAGAUCAAAGCUUCGGCUGGAAAGUUCCAUCACAUGUUUGCCGAGAGACCACACCAUGUCUCUAAAGCAACUCCAGAUAAAAUUCAUGGUUGUGAGCUGCAUGAAGGUGACUGGGGCAAGGUCGGCUCUAUCGUCGUCUGGAACUACGUUAUUGAUGGAAAGGCAAGUGUGGUGAAGGAUAGGAUCGAGGCGGUGGAGCCGGAGAAGAACUUGAUCAGGUUCAGAGUUAUAGAAGGUGAUCUGAUGAAAGAGUAUAACAACUUUGUAAUCACAAUCCAAGUGACCCCUAAGCAUGGAGGGUCAGGGAGUGUGGUCCACUGGCACUUCGAGUAUGAGAAAAUAAACGAGGAGGUAGCUCAUCCUGAGAAUCUCCUCCAGUUUGCCGUUGGAAUGUCCAAAGAGAUCGAUGAGCAUCUCCUAACCGAAGAAUAGAGGAUUACGUACCCUUCAUGUGUGUCAGUGUGUGUGUGCGUCUUAAAUAUGUCUGCUUGAUUAAGUACUUUGAAACUACAACAAAUAAUCAUUUGUGUCCAAGUUGGUGUGUCAAUCGCAUGCGUGUAUGCGUACUAGUACGGUCGAGUGAUGUUUGAAGUUUCUAAAUUGAUGCAACGUGUAGUAGUACUAAAGUUAUAGUGCUACUUCAAGUUUGUGUAUAAAUAUACUAUCAUCUCUGUAUUGAAUGAUAGUAAAAUCAUAUAAUCUAGCUAGUGCAGUCCCAUCUCGUA